CUUGAGAGAAGAGAUACCACAAGCAAGAGAGAGAGAGAGCAUCCUCUGGACUCUGGGAUCAUGAAAGGCUUGAAGAUGUGUCUUCUGGUGGCCCUUUUCCUAGGGAUAUUCCUUCAGCACAGCCACUCAGCUCGAGCACCAAAUCUAGGACAGGAUUGCUGCAAUACCUACACAAAAGGAGCCAUUCCCUUCUCUAAGAUAGUGACUUGGUCCAAGACCUCAGCAGCUUGUCGCAAGGAGGCCAUUGUGUUUGUUACUGUUCUAAACAAAUCUAUCUGCGCAAACCCCCAGGAAAAGUGGGUGAAGAGGGCAAUCAAGUUAUUAAGCAGAGACAAUCAGAAGGCUGCCUUCAAUCCUGAAGUUAACUCAGAUCCACAGAAUUUGACUUCAUUAAGCUCAACUCCACUCAACCCCCAAACACCAUUCAAUAACUCAACUCAACUCACCUCAAGAACCCAACUCAACCUUUCUCAGCAAACCAAUUCAACUCAACAUCUCAACUCAACGUCUCCACGCAAUACCUCUAUUCAUCUCAAAAACUAA